UCCUGCCUCCCCCUGGCCGCCGCCUCCCGCCUCCGCCCGCCCUGCGCGCUCCGUCCAGCCCGGGAGCCCCGGGAGCCCCGCGAUGCUCCGCCGCCGCCUGCCCCUGCUCGGGCCCUGGCUCCUGCUGCAGGCGGUGUGUGCUGGGGGCCACAUUGCCAAGACCCUGGGGUACCUGGAGCUGGGCACCUCCGGCCUCCUCAAGGAUGUUCCCUAUGGCACCCUGAAGCCUCCGGUGCUCGACCCUGGGCGGCUGGUUCCAGCUGAGCCCCCCCGGGGCGCAGGGAGCCCCUGGGACUGGCAGAAGAACCAGACAACGGGGGAGCUGCUGAACCCCCGCGCCCGGCGCAAGCCCUCGCUCAAGUCCGGCCGCACCAAGAAGAUCUUUGGAUGGGGCGACUUCUACUUCAACAUCAAGACGCUCAAGUUCAGCCUGUUGGUGACGGGCAAGAUCGUUGACCACAUCAACGGCACCUUCAGCGUCUAUUUCCGACACAACUCCUCCAGCCUGGGCAACGUCUCGGUCAGCAUCGUGCCCCCUUCCAAGGCGGUGGGGUUUGAGGUGCUGGUGCCGGCCCCAGCGCCGCUUUCCCUCCCAGCCCCUCAGCAGAGCACCCUGCCCGAGGGGCGCCCGGCCAAAGCCCUCAAUUGCCACGUGGAGUAUGAGAAGACGAACCGGGCGCGGAAGAACAAGCCCUGCCUGUACGACCCGUCUAAGGUGUGCUUCACCGAGCACACGCAGAGCCACGCCGCCUGGCUCUGCGCUAAGCCCUUCAAAGUCAUCUGCAUCUUCAUCUCCUUCCUCAGCAUCGAUUACAAGCUGGUCCAGAAGGUCUGCCCCGACUACAACUUCCAGCACGACAACCCCUACUUUGGCUGAUGGCUGCGGGAAGGGGCAGUGGGCAUCAGAGAUGGAGUCAGAGGGGGACCAGGGGCUCCUGGACCCCGUCCCUGGCUGCACAGUGCCCCCCAUUGCUGCCGCACCGACCUCCCCUUCC